CAGCAUCCCACGACCACUACAACUAUCACCAGAAGAACAACACAUACCGCCGGCCAAUCUACAUCCCAUCUACGCACUACGACGACCACGACGGCUACAACAGUCACCAUGUCCUCCCCCGAUCUCGCCGACCUCCUCCCCUCCUCCUACAAGUCCCUCAUCACUAGCUGGCUCGCCGAAGACUGCCCCUCACUCGACCCCGCCGGCUACGUCGUCGGCUCCUCCCCCCGCACCGCCACCCUUUUCGCCAAAUCAAACGGCAUCCUCGCCGGCGUCCCCUUCUUCACCGAAGUCUUCACCCAAUGCGGCUGCACUGUCACCUGGCACCUGUCCGAGGGCUCCGCCGUUGCGCCCACACCAGGGAACCCUAUCCGCGUCGCGACCGUGUCGGGGCCGACGAGGCAGCUCCUUCUGGGCGAGCGCGUGGCACUGAAUGCGCUGGCGAGGUGCUCAGGUGUUGCAACGGCGAGUAACGAGAUGGUGGAGCUGGUGCGUGGUGCGGGAUAUACUGGGAUCCUUGCUGGAACGCGCAAGACAACGCCGGGGUUUCGGGUGGUGGAGAAGUAUGGGAUGCUUGUUGGUGGGGCGGAUGCUCACAGGCAUGAUCUAUCGAGCAUGAUCAUGCUGAAAGAUAACCAUAUCUGGGCGCGAGGGAGUAUAACGGAGGCGGUAAGGGCGGCGCGGAAGGUGGGCGGGUUCGCGCUGAAGAUCGAGGUGGAGGUUGAUAGUGAGGAUGGUGCCGAUGAGGCGAUUGAGGCAGGCGCGGAUGUGGUGAUGUUGGAUAACUUUGGAGGUGAGGGGCUGAAGAUUGCAGCGAAGGCGAUACGGGGUAGGUGGGAGGGGAAGAAGGGAGUUCUGCUUGAGUGUAGUGGGGGACUCACGAGGGAGAAUGUGAGGGAGUACGUGUGUAAUGAUAUCGAUAUCAUCUCGACCAGCGCGAUUCACCAGGGCGUGCCGCAUGUGGAUUUCUCUCUCAAAAUCGAUCAUUAG